CCCUGAAACAGUAAGUGUUCAUGAAGAAAGAACCACUGCCUUUGAUUCCUGGAAGGGUUAACAUGAAGUUCAAGGAUUAUGUUAAUAUCAGGCAUGCUUUGCGAGAUCCGUGCAAUAGCAAGUUCACUUGCAACUGCGAUGCUUAGGUGGUAUGUCUGAGUGAGCUAUUAUCUCCUCAGCUAUUAUCAUGUGUUAUUUCAGAUAUUAAUGCGCUGAAUACAUCAUGCCCAUGCCAUUUUAAUGAGAAACUCCCAGACACUGCCGUCUCCUUCUGCUUUAGACUUGACAUUGAUGAACUUUUUUAAGUGCACACAUCUAGACGAUGAAGACCACUAGAAAAUGCAGGGCGUUGCUGUCCGUCAGUCUGAAUUUGGUGGCUCUUUUCUUUUCUACCACGGCUUUUAUAACCACUUACUGGUGCGAGGGCACCCAGAAGGUCCUCAAGCCCAAAUGCAGCAAAAACAGGCUCCGCAAUUGCAUCGAAUAUGGCGUGAACGACACGGAUCAGAGCAAAGUUCGCUAUAGCUGGGAGACGGGGGACGACCGCUUCUUCUUCAAGUAUUUCCAUACCGGAAUAUGGUACUCCUGUGAGGAGGACAUCAACGGAGGAGGUGAGAACUGCAGGAGCUUUAUUGACCUGGCCCCAGCCUCGGAAAGGGGUGUCCUCUGGUUGUCUGUGGUGUCUGAGGUCUUGUACAUCAUGCUGCUGGUCGUCGGCUUCAGCCUUAUGUGCCUGGAGCUUUUUCACUCCAGCGACGUGAUAGAUGGACUCAAGCUGAACGCCUUCGCCGCCGUCUUCACUGUUCUGUCAGGACUCUUGGGAAUGGUGGCCCAUAUGAUGUACACGCAAGUCUUUCAAGUCACAGUUAGCCUCGGACCAGAAGACUGGAGGCCACACAGCUGGGACUAUGGCUGGUCUUUCUGUUUGGCCUGGGGCUCCUUCACCUGCUGCAUGGCGGCCUCCGUCACCACCCUCAACUCCUACACAAAGACCGUCAUGGAGUUCAGGCACAAGCACAAGCUGUAUGAGCAUGGCAUCCAUGAGGAGCAGGCCGUUGUCGAGCCAGAGCCUUUCAGCUACUUCCAGGAGAGGCCGGUCCAGUCUGUCUCCAGUGCCGUGGAGGUUUUCCAGCAGCAAGCCAGCGGUGGCGUAAGACUGCUGGCAUCCACAGUAGCGGCAGAUGUCGGGGAGAUCCCAGAGUCUCUGAGUGAAGAGCAGUGCUGAGAGAGCAGGACCUCACCCAUCUCCAUGAGAGUAGAGCUGGCUGGAGACCUUUAGUUUUCAAAGACUCCUGAGCAUUUAUAUCUGUGAAUCAUAUCGGUCUAUCCUCUUUGAAUAAAAAUGUGUAUUUUUAAA